ACAACACAAACAAACACAAAGUAAUUAACACAUAUUCUUUUCUUAUUCUAUACUCUAUACCAAUCUCUCUUCACUGUAUAUUCAACACCAUGAAAUUCCGAUCUUGGAUAUCAAAUUCCUCCUCUUCCGUCACCACCGUUGAUGACCACCCUAUUCCACCACCAAAAGGUCCAUUUUCAGAUGAUGCAAGUAACUUUUCAAGUUCACCAUCAUUAUUUUCUCAAGAAACCAAUUCCCUUAGUAGUCUACAAAGCAAUCUUUCUCUUUUAACCUUACCUUCUGUUCCUUCUCUCCAAAAUCUUUCUCCUGGAAAUUCAAACCUCGCAAUCUCAGCUUGCUGUUUGAAUUCUCUAAAUCCCAAAAAUGCCCAUGUAACUUUCCUAGCUAUGCAUAACAAUCUCCUUUAUGCUGCUUCUUCCAAUGAAAUCAACGUAUUCGAACUCACAAACUUCACCCUUGUCGACACUUUCAAUGACAAGGACACGUCUUCUGGCUCAAUAAAAUCAGUGGCCUUUGUGGACGGUAAAGUCUUUACUGCCCAUCAGGAUUGUAAAAUCCGUGUCUGGAAGUUAACGCAUAUUAAGAAGCAUAAACGGAUUGCGAUUCUCCCAACGCUUGAGGACAGAUUACGCAGAUUUGUUUUCCCUAGCAGUUACACAAAUGUGAGAAGACAUAAGAAAAAGAUGUGGAUUGAACACCAUGAUGCUGUUUCAGGUUUAGCUGUGAAUGCAAAUAUGAUGUGUUCUGUUUCUUGGGAUAGGUCUUUGAAAAUUUGGAGUGGUGAAAAAUUACGUUGCACUGAAUCAAUUAGAGCACAUGAUGAUGCUAUUAACGCUGUUGUGGUAAGUAAAGACGGGACAAUUUUUACAGGUUCUGCUGAUAAACGGAUUAGGGUUUGGGGGAAAGAAAAAGAAUCGAAAACCGGGUUAAUUGCUACGUUAGAAAAGCAUAAAUCUGCAGUUAACGCGUUAGCAUUAAGCACAGAUGGUUCUGUUCUAUUUUCGGGUGCUUGUGAUAGGUCAAUUUUGGUCUGGGAAAGGGAGGAUAGUGCUAAUUAUAUGGUGAUUACAGGUGCAUUAAGAGGUCAUACAAAAGCAAUACUAUGUUUGAUCAAUGUUUCUGAUAUGUUGUUUAGUGGAUCAGCGGAUCAGACGGUUAGGAUUUGGACGCGUGGUAAUAAUCAGGGUCUGUUCUGUUGUUUGACGGUCCUUGACGGUCAUCGGACACCGGUGAGGUCAUUGGUGGCAAAGCCGGAAAAUGGUGGUGUUAAGUUGUUUAGUGGAAGCUUUGAUGGAGAAAUUAAAGUGUGGCAAAUUGUGGUUUCUAGUUCAAGUGGCAGUCCUCUCAUAUCAUCAUGAUAUUUGUAUUUUUUUUCUUUUGUUUUUAUAGAAUGUAAGAAAACAGAUCUUACACUAACAAGUUUUAAAAAAUCCUUUUAUUUUAUUUAUUUUUUUUAUUUUUUUACAAUUGGUUGAAAUUUUAUUGAACUUUAGUGCUGCAAUUUUAUUCA